CCGCGUCUGGCCCGAGCGAUGACGUAGUGAUCCCUGUGCCGGAAGUCUUGCUGUGCUGACUUGGUGGGUUUUCUGCCUGCCUGUCGUUGGGACUCGCCGUAGAGCCACCAUGGCGCCAAAGGGAAAGGUGGGAACCAAAGGUAAAAAGCAGAUAUUUGAAGAAAACAAGGAUACCCUCAAGUUCUAUCUGCGGAUCAUCUUGGGAGCUAAUGCAAUUUAUGGAAUUGUUAACUUUGUGGUCUUCUAUGCAACAGCCACUGCCUGGAGUUGGAUUGCAUUUGUGUUCAGUUUGAUGAUCUACGGGGCCAGUUACCGCUCAAUGAGCUCCAUGGCAAAGCCUUCUUUUGCGGAUGACGGCAGCCUUGCGGAUGGUGGAAUUGACCUGAAUAUGGAGCAGGGGAUGGCAGAGCAUCUGAAGGAUGUGAUCUUGCUUACAGCCAUAAUCCAAGUCCUCAGCUGUUUUUCCCUCUAUGUGUGGUACUUCUGGCUCUUGGCUCCGGGUCGAGCACUCUAUCUCCUCUGGGUUAACAUCCUGGGGCCUUGGCUCACUGCAGAUUCUUCAGCCGCCAACCAGGAGCCCAACGAAAAGAAGCAGCGUCGGCAGGAACGCCGUCAGAUGAAGCGUUUUUAGCUGUGCUCAUGGAAAUAGAUAUCAUGCCACCUGUUGUCUCCAUGUGGCUGCUUAUCAGGGAUGUGAUUUCUUUUUAACCAAUCAGAAAUGUCAGGGGUUUCUUCUCUCUGCUGACCCUCCCCUUCUGUGACAGCAGUUCACUAUAAGGCAGGGCUGUGGAAUCUGUGUCCCCCCCCAGUUGCUGCCAAACUCCAUCUCCCCAUAUUCCUGACCAUCUGCCAUGGUCCCUGGGGUUGAUGGGAUUUGGAGUCUCGCAGCACCUGGAGGGUCACAGGUUCUCCAUCUGCGCUAUAAGGCUCAAUUGUUUCAGGGGAAGUGUCGCCAGGCAGAUACAUGGCCUUUAUCUGCUUUGUGGCAAGUGGGGAGGGGACCUCUUGGAUGUUGGAGGUGUGUAAAUAUCUUUAUAAAGUGAUGCUGUAAUAUGAAUCUAAGGGCGGAGGCACUGCAGAGUUUUAAGAAAUGGUUCAUUAAAAAAACCCAAAAGGCUAUAAGAGUCUAUGAGAGUG